AUGUCCAUAUUCUUCUUCGGUUACGAUCAGGGAAUGAUGGGUGGUGUCAAUCAAAGCCCAGACUAUAUCAACCUCAUGAAGUUCGGUUAUGUCGACGAUGCAGGCGUUCCUGUUGUCACAGAUACCCUUUUACAGGGGGGGAUAAUGGCGGUUUUCUACCUCGGAACGCUCGUUGGCUGUCUGUUCGGCGGCUACUUCGGUGACAAAUACGGAAGAAUCAACACUAUCGGUCUAGGUGCUGCCUGGGGAAUUUUUGGAGCUGCUCUCCAAUGCUCCGCAAUGAACUCCAACUGGAUGAUCGGCGCCAGGCUUGUCAACGGUAUCGGCACAGGUAUCUUGAAUGGAAUUGUUCCGGCUUGGGCAUCGGAGCUGUCUGACUAUACUACUCGUGGAACAUUCAUCGCCAUGGAGUUUACUCUCAAUAUUUUCGGUGUUGUCGUCGCAUAUUGGUUAGCAUAUGGAGUUAGUUUCAUUGAUGGUGGAGAGUCAGCAUUCCGUUGGCGUUUUCCGAUUGCCUUUCAGAUAAUCCCACUUCUGUGUCUCCUUGCUACUUGCUGGGCAUUUCCAGAAUCUCCUCGCUGGUUGUCUAAAGUCGGAAGGAACGAAGAGGCCCUCUACAUUCUCCAGAGACUCCGAGGCACGGAGGGGACAGACGCCGGUGUCGCCGAAGCCGAACUUAAUUCCAUUAAAUCCGUCAUCGAACUCGAACAACACGCCGAAGGUACCACUUAUAUCCAGAUGUUUUUCGGUCUCAAAGAUGGCAAGCUACAUACAGCCCGUCGCGUUCAGUUGGUCAUCUGGCUGCAAAUCAUUCAAUGUUGGACUGGUAUCGCCGGUGUUACCAUGUAUGGGCCGACUAUCUUCCAUAUCGCUGGUUUUGGGCCCGAGAAGUCGCAGUGGAUAUCCGGCCUGAACAAUAUAUUCUACAUGUUCUCAACACUUAUCUGUGUUUUCACGAUUGACCGCAUCGGGCGCCGCUGGACUCUGUAUUGGGGCUCCGUGGGACAAGGCAUUGCUAUGUUCCUAGUUGGUGGCCUUUCUAGAGGUGGAUUGGACGCAAGAAACGCUGGAAAUAUCAACAAUGCAAACCAGUGGGGUGCUGCAGCGGCGACUAUGAUCUAUGUAUAUACUUUUAUUUUUGGAGCAACUUGGCUGACGGUGCCUUGGCUGUAUCCUGCCGAAAUCUUUCCUCUUCAGGUUCGUGCUAAAGGAAACGCAUGGGGUGUUGUGGGAUGGUCGAUUGGAAAUGCCACACUCACUUUAGUCCUUCCAUAUAUCGUCAAUGCGAUUAACGAAAAGAUGUUUUACAUUUUUGGAGUUGUCAAUGCUCUCAGUAUUCCUAUUGUUUGGGCACUAUAUCCAGAAUCAAACCAGCGAACGCUUGAGGAGAUGGAUCUUUUGUUUGCUGCUGACGCGCCUUGGACCUGGUCUGCUGAGAAGAAAUUCAAAGAGCUUAAGGAGGAGCGUGACGCAGCAGGUCUGGAUGGUGAUUUUGAGGCGAAAGCUGCACACCCAGCGAGCCAUGUUGAAGAUAAUAAGGUGUGA